UGUCAUAUGUCAUUUAAAUGUCAUUCGUUGAUUUAGGUUAUUUUUCAAAAUCCAUAAUUUGUCUGUGAAAUUGUAAUAAAUUACUCUGAUAAAAUAGCUUCGCAUAAUGUAUAAGCUAUGACUACGCAAUACAAAAAAUUUACAAAACUCAUAGCUAAGUGGCCCCUUGAUAGUACAAAGGGUGACAGGGAUCUAGGAAAAUUCAUCCGUGACAAAGUAAAGGCAGCAUUCGAUAUUACACAAACACAAAAUUUAGACACCGAUUUGUGUAACCGACAAUACAACUCUCUGAAUCGUUUAGCCGACAAUUACUAUAAAAACAAAUAUAAAAGACUCAAAACUAGUACAGCAACUGGUCUUAGCACAGAGGAGUGUAAUUUGAUGCUUUCCAAUGAAGUUUUAUCUUACUUGAAAGAAGAAAAUAAAGGUUUCUUUAAAAAGAUAUUUAACAAAGAUUAAAAAUCGGCACAAUACAAGGAUCAUGUGCCUGUAAUGCUAAAUGAAGUCAAUAAAUAUUUACAACCAAAUGACAAUGAAUUGUACAUAGACAUGACGUUUGGUGCAGGUGGCCACUCUAGACAGUUGCUUACAUCUGCAGAUUGUAGGAUAAUAACACUUGACAGAGACCCUGUAGCACAUGAAAAGGCCAAAGAACUGGCAAAUGAGUUCCCAAAUAGAGUGGUACCAUUACUUGGAAGGUUUAGUGAGUUGCCAGCUCUCUUAAAAGAGAAAAAUAUAAAACAAUCAUCCAUAGAUGGUAUACUAUUUGAUUUCGGGUGUUCAUCAAUGCAACUAGAUAAUGGUGAAAGAGGAUUUUCAAUAAGCAAAAAUGGUUAUUUAGAUAUGAGAAUGGAUGCAGGUCGAGAUCCAAAUCAAAUAACUGCCAGAGAAGUGUUAGCUACCGCUAACGAACAGGAGUUGUAUAAAAUUUUUAAAGUCUAUGGUGAAGAAAAAAAGGCCGCGAAAAUUGCACAGACUAUAAUACAAGCUAGGUAUAUGAUUAAAAACAUUGAAACGACCAGUGAAUUGGUUGAUAUUGUUGAUUCUUGUUGUCCUAAUGAAUUUAGACUUGAUAAAUUACAAAGACCUCAAUCAAAUGCUACCAAAGUGUUCCAAGCAUUAAGGAUAUUUGUUAAUAAUGAAUUAAAUGAAAUAAAUUAUGGUAUGGUAUUGUCGAAAUAUUAUUUAAAACUUAAUGGUAGGUUGGUAACAAUUUGUUUUCAUUCAUUAGAAGAUACAAUAGUAAAAAGGCAUAUAGCUGGCAACACUAUCAAUGAUGUUGCUAAUCCUGUACCUUUAAGAUAUUUGAGUCCGACUUUAGUACAAGAUCAAGAAACUAUCAAUCAGUUUUUAGACACUCCGUGGAAAGCGAUUAACAAGCAUGUGGAGGUUCCAUCUGAUGAUGAAGUAGAAAGGAACCCUAGAAGUAGGAGUGCACGGCUACGAGCUGCAAUCAAAAUUAAAUAGUUUGAAUAAACUAGUUUAGUUUAGACUAGAAAUAAAAAAAUUUAACACA